AUGUUUGGAGAAUUAAAUUCUUUGACAGAUUUCAGUGAGAAGUCUCCACCAAAGGUAAGUAGUGAAACAACGAGUAUAAUGUAGGAAUAAUUCUCCCAGUUUCUUGUAGAUGUGUUCAUUUUUUGUUAUCAAUAAAAUCGCAAACAAAGUUGGUUAUUUCGCUACAUCCUGAUGAGGGCACUAGACUGCAGGAGAGUCGAAACGUUGGGUCUAUGGAUUGUAACUUCUAGGUUACUUUCAUCAAAUCUUUAAAUCAGUGUAGCAUCAAACCAUAUUUGAAAAAUUGCAUUCAUUAGCUCCUGUACAACCUCUUGGGGAUGUAGACUUACAGUGAUAUAAUAUGUUUUAGACAUCAAAUUUCAAGUUUAUAAACCUUUGUUUAGUGAUUUCAAGUUGAAAAUCUGAAAGACAUGUGAAAUAAAAUGUUUCAAGUGAAUUUCAAAGACAAUCCAGAGAUACCUCGGAAGUAGGGGUGAUCUUCAGGAUAAAGUUGGUUGUUUCACUACAUUGUGGGUCUCGAUCGAGAAAUCCUGUGGUAAUAUCAAGUCUGUUAACAUAUGUAAUCACAGAACUGUUCGUAGAUGGUUAUGCGACAUUUUGGAUUUGAAGCAGAUAAUUAAUAGAGGAGUGGGUAAAAUUUCCGCACAGCCCCAUACUAUUGUAAAACAAAUCUGUUUUCCCAAUUGCAAUGUAUUGUUUUUGUCAUUGUUUUCUCUAUCCAAGAACCGAAUGCAUAAUGUAGUUAUGGGCUGUGCGGAAAUUUUACCGAGGAGUGCAAGGAUAAGGCAAGUCAAACCAAAGGGGGUGGGGUGCCAAUAAAUACUAAGCCAGAGGUAGAAAAAUUAGCAAACAGGGGAAUGGGAAGGAGUAUGUCCUACCUCAGUACUAUUUCAGAACCUCUUAUACAAUCUAACAGAUAACAAAAGAUUUUUUAGUUUAUAAGGAAAAUGAUUUUGUAUCCCAGUACAAUAGAUCACAAAAUCUUGCCAAGAGAACAUCAAUUACAGGCUAAAUUGUUGCUGGCUGUUAUUCUACUGUAAUAAAUUGAGUAAGUGCCCUCCUUUCAAUAUAAGCGCCCCAUCUCUAAUGAGCACCCCCCUUAAGUUUGUUUUUGUUUAUAUAGUGACUCCAUUCAACAUCGCACCUGUGGUGUGGUAGAGCAGCUUCAUACAGUUCAUUUAUUAAAUAACCCUGUAUAUUCCCCCACCCCACCUUCCAAAAGCAAAACUAAUGAGGACCCCAUAAUAUCAUUUCAAUAAUGGCGUUAUAUAAAAAAUGAUAUUCAAAAUUAGGAAAAAUUUAAUUUAAUCAAAUAAUAGUGCUAUGAAUCAGAUGUUUUACAUAAUUCUUGUAACUUAUGGUUUUCAGAGAAAGUUUUUGCUGAUAACAGACUGCCAAAAUGAUGGAAGCUUUCUCAUUCAUCACUUUUUAUCCUUGUACAUCAAAGGUGGGUGGAGUGAUCAAUUCAGAAGUCUACAAUUUCUGAUCUCAAUUGUUAAUGAUGUAUCCAUACUUUGCUUUAUACAAUACACAUUCUAUUUAAGCACAAACAGCUAAUUGUUUUAUCAUACUGUCUUCUUAAAAAGAGCACAUUUCAUUGGAAGGUGGGGUAAGGGUUUAUGUCACCUCUCUUAUAAUUACUUAGAAGUAAUAUGGUAAAUUUAUCAUAGGAUCACAGCCAGCAUUCCCAUGUUCUAGAAAGUCGCCAAAGUUGGACCUGAGUAAUUGAGUAUUAUCAACUGAGAUGAUAACAUAAAUUGGCCAUCAUAAAGAGUUUAAAAGCUGACAUUUCAAUUGUUAGCUCUUUGUCAGAGCGAUUGGAGGAAAUUUUGUGUUUUGUUUGAGUUUAUGCAGAGGAUGGAACUAUGGUAUUGGUGGGAAUAUGGUGAUGAGAAAACAAGAAUAAAUUCAGUUGAAUGAAUGAAUGCUCAGGGAUUGAGAGUGAUAAUUUGAAAGAUAAAUGUUUGUUCUCGAGUCUUACAGCUUUCCUAACUGUGUAUAAAGAAUACCUGCCUAUAUUACUUCUAAAUGAAGAUCUCUUUUGUCAGUUGUAGAGAACCCCUCUCAAUCUCUCGUAACUGCCUGGAAGUAAGACCUGCCUAUAUUACUUCUAAUAUGUUACUUCCCUGCAGGAGAGAGUUCCACCGCAGUUCAUAGUUUCUGAAAUUUAGAACUUUGUAUAUUUGUCUUUCUGUUUUUUUCAGGAGGUUUCAAAGUACUUUUCAUUGCCUUGGUCCAGUCUUUUUCUCAUUACAGUAAUGUUGCACAGAAAUUGGUGAGAAUUAGACAUGUCUAUAUUUUUUAUCUUAAUGUAAAAGCAACAGGAUUGAUACCUCUAUCAUUUCAAUUUUUUCUAAAAGUCUCCUGAGGAAGUGACAGUCAAACCCAGAGUAGCAUAUUUCAGAAAAAUGUUUUGAUCUUGAAUUACCAAUCAUUUUAUGUUGAUACUUUUAUUCUUUACUUUCAUAAUAUUGGUCUUGUAUUGGGCAUUUCUUUUGGUUUUGUAUUGGGCAUUUUAUUUGCAUGUGCAAUUGGCUACUGCCAGCCAAUGUCUAACUCAGUGGCUAUGUGUUAAUCCUUUCAUUCCUAAGAUCUUAGUAGUAAUUCUCCUUACCAUCAGCCAUUCAAUUCUUAUGAUGUUAGUUUAGAUAAUUUGGCAUUGGAUCAACUAAUAAUCCCCUAAUUGAUAUUUUUGCUUAUUCUCAUCACUAGUCUGCUUGAUAUUGUAUUGAUUUUGUGAGGAGAAAUUCUGUCUUGGUCACUUGUAGGACUUAAAGAGGGUACCCCUCCCCUCUCCCUUCUGGCUUCCUUCACCAGAAAACAUUUGAUUUAACCCUUUAACUCCCAAGAUCUGAUGGUUAAUUCUCCCUUCUAGCUGUUAGACAUUUCCUUUUACAUUUGAUGAGAACUUGGUGCUAGAUUAAGAGAGCAGCCUUUACCCAAUGAGUUUGAAUAUUUUCAUAACCUAUUUGCUGAAUUAUGAAUGGAUAUUAUAGAGAGAAGUUACUUGAUAAUCACUUCUGGGAGUUAAAGGCUUUAAACAUCUGAAUAAGCAAUUUCCAACAUAUUAUAAUUGUCUUUUUAAACUUCAUUAUUCAGGGUAUAAACCUCAGCAGUAUCUGUGAGAGUGGCCAGGUGACAUAUGUAGAUGGCUUAAGUUGUAUAUCUGAAGCUUUAGCUGAUGAAAGUCAACAAGAUGCCUUCAAAAACUCACAAAGUAGCACAGUAGGAAAUGAAAAUGCAGAUAGCAGCAACCCUUUUAAAAAUGUCAGGUAAUUCUUUUUGCAAUUCUGAAUUAUGUAGCAUGUCUGAUUUCCUUCUCCACAGUAAUACGUUCCCAAAAAUAUAUAAGUCUUUUCAAAAUUUUCAACUGAAAACUGCUCUGAUGAUUGGUUGAAAAAUUUCAAGGAUGCUUCCAUAACUGGAUUAAGUUGAGGUGCACCUAGUCCCUUAAACUGAAGUAAAAAACAAAAAUGUAUACUGUGAGUCAACCCUUAAACUUCCAAGAUCCAAUUAGUAAUUCUCCCCACCUUCUGUCAUACUUUUCCAUGUAAAUUAGGUACUAGACAGAAGAGGUUGGCCCUUUACCCGAAUGUUUUCCUCUAGCUGAUAAGCCUGUCUGUUCUCUUAAGCAGUUUACAAGAUAGUUAACUUUAUUUUGUUUUUGUUAAAACUGUUUUACAUGUGCUGAAUUUAUUAGUCAGACUGAGGAGUAUUAUUUUGUAAACAUGAGAUAACCCAUAAUGCAUAGGUGUGAAUGGCAAGUUCCUGAAUUUCAAACAUCAAGGUUUGGGUUUGUGCUGUAGCUGGGAUGUGAGUUGGAGAACUUUCACAGUUCCUUUCUGAUUCUUCCAUAUUGUUUUUAGAAGUAUAGAUGAUCGAACUGUCCAAGGAAACCUGAAAAAAUGCUCUUAGUAAGAAGGGUAGAAACAACCUUAUUUCCUUCAUGCCACUGUACAUGUUUACUUAACUAUGAAGUUCCAGCUGUAUCAAUAUAUGCUCCUCUUUAUGAAAUGUUGUUUUGUUGAGGUUGAAAGCUGCUAUUGUUUAAUUGUUUUCCUAGAGCCCCAAAAUUUACUCUUCAACCAUUAUACAACAGAAUCAAGUCAUCUUUGGGUACUGAAACAAAGCCCUGUUUGCUGCUGAUUGAUGAUCUAACAGCUCUUCUCUCCAUUGGAGUUCCUCUACAGCAACUCACCAAUUUCAUACACUACUGUGCUGCUUUGAUGUGUCACUCUCCAACUGUGGUGUGUAAUGUCUCAAAAUACCAUCUCAAGACCUUUGAUCUGGAAUGAGGCUGAAGGUGACCUUGUUGUGAUAGAGGCCAGUAUCUAGUUAGCAUGAUAACAAAUAAAAAUUUACAUUUGAGAAGCAGCAACUUUUUUAUAAUAACAAGGUCACCCUUAGCCUCACUCUUGUUUAAAGGCUUGGCAUCUAAGCAUGUAACUGUAAAAUGGGCUACUAUAUUCUUUAUACUUCCAUACUGCCAUACAAUUCUUAUGUGAGUUUUGGAGAAUUUAGUAUUGGAUCAUCAACUACCAAUCCCCUAAUUGAUAUUUUUCUUUACUCUCUUUAGUGGUCUGCUUGAUAUUGUAUUAAUAUUGCAAGGAGAAAUUCCAUUUUGGGCACUCAUGGGAGUUAAAGGGUUAACUCAUGCUUAGCCAAUCAAUUAGACAGUGGAAGAAAACUUUCCUCUCUCCAGAGUUUAACACACUUUUUAUGACUUAUUGCAAACUUAGUUAAAACUGGCUUGGUAAAAUAUUCAGUCUCAUCAUUUGCACGAGUCAGUCUCAUUAAUUGUGUUGGGAUCACUAUGUAUUUUGUAGGACUUAAUAAACAACUGGCAGUGUCUGAUCUAGGAAUUCCAGCAAGGGAGGCAAUGUGUCACUGUUAACAAUUUUCAAACCUUUCUCCCCCCCCCCCAUAGCAUUUAUUCAUACUAGUGCUUGAGAACCUUAGGAAAUUGAGCCUUUUAUGUAUAUUACAUUCCCUGGAUUUUGGUUCCUGCUUUACUUUUAAUCUGAAAUGUAAACCAAAAUAUUGUUUUAAGAAGAUUUUGUACAAGGAGAAAUUGCAUUUCCUUGUUUCUUUUUCUUUUGAAACAUAAUUUGAAGUGUGCCUAAAUUAUCCAGAACAAGUAAAUGAAGGGACGUAUUUGUUCAAACCAUGGCAAUCCCAUAAUGGCACACUCUAGAUCAGACACUGAACUGGCAUCAAGAAUUGAUUUCUGACACAUAGCAGACCAUUUGGAUUUAGGUCUGCUCAUGCCAAUGAACUACACAAAGGGUAUCUGGGAAACUUGAUUAAGACUUGUGCAUUAUUUUGGUGAGGGAUGAGACCUCCCUCUCCUCAUAUUUGCAAUUCCUUGGUCUCCUUCUCCAAUCUACUUAGAACAUAGUAAAAUUCUGUAGGAUCACUAGUAAACUCUGUCUUGAUAUAAUGAGGGUAGGGUGUCAAGAAAAUUAAUCUCAAUUACUUUUAUAAUAAAGAUUUCAACAAUAUUUCACCUUCAGUCAGAUGGUUGCCUGGUGACACUUGUACAUAAUGACAAUGAUGUUGAUGAUGAAGAGUCCAAGUUGCUAUGGAAACAGCUAUGCUAUCUUACCGAUAUAGAGUUUCAAGUCAAAGGGCUUAGCAGUGGUUAUUGUAAAGAUGUACAUGGACAGGUUAGUAGUGGGGUAAUAAAACCUAAGGAACACACUUAAAGUUAUGUGAUGCAUAUUAAUGGUCCCCUUGAGUGGACACUACACUAAGCACAUGAUAACCAUGUAGGGCCACAGAGAUGUGAAUUAACUCUUUAACUCCCAAGAUCUGAAUGUUAUUUCUCCCCUCUUGCUGCUUAACCUAUCCUUGUAAAUCAGUCAUGAGAAUUUGGUGUUAGAUCAAGAUAACAACUUCUACAUGGGAGUGAUAAGUUUGAAUAUUCUCAUUAGCUGUUUCCUGGAUAAUGUUGGGAUAUUAUAGGGCGAAGUUUCAUGUUGAUCACUUCUGGGAGUUAAAGGGUUAAAAAAGUUUCCUUUCUUAGCUAGAUUGAGAAAUUUACAUGUGAACUAUUUAAAUAGUUGUAUGUUCUUAUCAGGAUCAAAGAGUUACAUCUUAAAUUGUCCUCAGAGUAGUAACUACAGGAAUGGAAACUACAUGUGUGAAAAAUUAUAUAAGAUGAAUUUUGCUUAUUUUAAUUGCUUCUUAUCUAUAAUCUCUUCGAGGACAGAUCGAUGAAGAUGGUGUCAUUUAUUAGAACAUUUAUCUUUUUGUAGAUGUAGAUUCUAUGUUGCUGUGUCUCUGUUCAGUAAUAGAUCACAGGAGAUGUCAAAAUAUGGUAAAAAUAUUAGUGAAAUGCUCAGCUACGUCCUGUGUGCUACUUAUUUGGACUUACCACGUUUUGACGUGAUCUGUGAUCUAUUAGUGAACAGACGCACGGAAACAUGGGAAUUACUUCAUCUUUACUUGAUCGCAGGUGCUAGAUGGGCAAAUUCUUAAGUCUCUGAAUAAGACAAUCCAUUGUCUUCCCGCAGAGAGGAUUAAUUGGUUAUGGGCCGUACACUGUUUAAUUCUCCCUCUGGGAUUGCAGAUGGCUCAUGACAGGAACAGAAAGGUUUAUCUCUUUUGCUUUUUUUUUUUUUUCAGCUAACCAUAAAUAUCAGAGACCAGAGGAACAUUAAAGAAGGCUCCAAAGUUGUUCAGUACACGACUCACGACAAAAAUGUCACUUGCUUCGCUCCUGGAAUGUCCAAGGCUGUUCUUUAGAAUAGAAGAGCAGAUGAAUCCUUUCAUUCACACAAGUGAUCAAAAUCUUAACUCUCUUUACGUUUUCAAUACCCUUAAUUUCACUUCAAUAGAAUUUUGAGCUGAACAAUGAGGAAUAUGAGUUAAGACAGCGAAAGAGUGUCCGAUGUACCUGGAACAAGCGAAGGAGUUACCAGGCGGCUGAAAAACAUUGAGAGACUGUUUGCAAGAGCAUAAGCGAAUCAGAGAAACAACAAAAGAAAAAAACGGACCUUCAAGACAAUGUAUGCUAACGAUACGAAAAAAAAUGCCUUAUUUUGAAAAUAGUAAUCUUUUUCUCCCUUCAAAAACAAUGAAAUUCCGUCCGUAAAGAAAAGUGAUACUUAACCCUGUGAAAAAAAAGUCCGUCAAGUUCAAUCGCGCGAGUGUUUUUCAUAAUUCCACGAUACACGCUUUCUGCGCGCGUAGAAGUGUAAUAAAGGCAAGUUUCCCUUUAAACACCAGUUGAAGUACUAUUUUGAACAUUUUGUAGAAGAGUUGCUUCGUUCGUCAGCUGUUAGCGUUCAUAGAUAUAUGAAGCAUUUGGGAAAUUUGGUAAGCACUCAAGAAGCCAUGGUAACUUUCGACUACGCCUCUAACAACUCUUGGCACCUUUCCAGUAUGCUUCAUAACUCGAUGAACGUACGUUGACGCUUGAACCACUUGCUAAUCUGGUAGACUUCUUGGGGAAAUACUCAAAGUGUGGUAACAUUGAGCAGACGGCUCGACACUUGAUAAACUUUAAGAACAG